AUGGAGGAAGCCGGCGCUAAUCGACGGGGAAGAAGGGCCGGAUCUUUCCGCCACGAAAGAGAGGGAGAGGUCGAUACCGGGGUCGCUAGGGCCUUCUGGAAGCCUCUGGAAGGUUCCCGGGGAAGUGGAGAACCAGAAUGGAAUAGCCAGAUUUGGGGAAAUCUAUCAAAUCUUCUGGGAAGCCAGAGGCAGAGUGGGGGGAGCGGGGAGGGCGGAGGACGGAGAAGUCGUCGGGGUGACGCGCUGUGUGUCCGAUGUGGUUGUGCUGCGGAGAACACAGGACAGGUUCGUGAGCUGGGGCCACGCGUCAGUGUCGUCACGUCACGCGGUGGCCACGCGGACAUCGGGGAGGGACAUGAACGAACGUCGCGAGGAUGCGAGCUGUCGGCCGCGGGCCAGGUGAGUACUGGACGAGAUGCACAGGUGGCUUCGUUUGGAACACAAUGA